CUUCCUCAGCCUAGCCUAACAGUGAUUCCUGCAGUCAUCAAAGAAAGAGACUCAGUUCAGCUGAACUGUCAGACUCCUCCAUCUGUCUCUGAGUGUUACUUCAAAAUAGAGGGGUGAGUGGAAUUUACCCUACCAUCACCCUGUCAACAGACACUCACAGGAACACUACUGUUGAGGUGGACAGGUCAGAGUUCACCAGCUGAGGUCAAAAUACAAUGUCAGUACAGUGCUACAGGUUCACAGUUUAGAUCCAUAUACAGUGAGCCUUCUACAGUCACAAUUCAGGGUAAGAAGAUUGUUUUUAAUGGUUGUAAACAAUUUACUGUUGUGCCAUGAUUACCAUGUUCCUCUUGGGAUAUUUUAUCAUACUGUUUGUUGUAAUAAGUUAUUACAUGAAGUAAUCAAGCAAUAUAUGAUAACUCCUUAAUUUCCCAUAAUGUCGCUACAUGAGAUAAGUCUGACAUAACAAGGAGGGAUUAGGCUGUCAGUAAAUUUCUCAAAACCGCUAAAUGCUUAAUUCCCCUAUUCUCACAGACCGUCCUCAGCUGACAGUGAGUUCUACAGUCAUCAGAGAGAGAGAAUCAGUUCAGCUGAGUUGUGAGACUCCUCCAUCUCUCCAUGUGUCUCACUGUUACUUCUACAUAGAGGGGGUGAAGAAUCUUCCAGACUCAUCGUGUACGCAGACAAUAACAGGAACUGAGCUGCUCAAGAGGGCGGGUUCAACAAUUCCAGCUGUGGUCAAAGUGAAAUGUUACUACGCUAUAGGGAAGUCUCACAUAUUUCCUUUCAGUGACCCUGUCUCAGUCACUGUUCAGGGUAAGUAGGUGGUUUGUAAAAUUAUACACUUCACUGUUAUACUGUAUGCUCAUUAUGCUUGUUCAGAAAAUUAGAUCUUAUGUCAUAUUUCACCAAUGUCUUCAUUUCACUUAAUAGGUCUUACUGUAGGUUUUACUGUACAAUGCAAACAUAGAUACUGAUGUAGUUGAAAAUGAAGAGUUCGACAGUAUUUAUAGAUUUUACAUACUGUUAGUAUGUAUGGAUUACCUGUAAAGUUUUUAAAUGCAACAAUCAGAGAAGCACACUCUAUUCUUCUGAUCUCACAGACCCACCUCCUCCCAGGCUGACAGUCAGUUUUACAGUAAUCAGAGAAAGAGACUCCUCCAUCUCUGUGUCUCCCAAACUAACACAGCAGUUCAUUCCCGAUCGGUGGCCAAUGUUCAUUCGGGUCUUUCUGAGCAGGGUUCGUCUCUUCCUCCCGAGCAGGGAUCGUAAGUCGAUGGCUGGUCUGGUAGUCGAUGGCUGGUCUGGUAGUCGAUGGCUGGUCUGGUAGUCGAUGGCUAGUCUGGUAGUCGAUGGCUGGUCUGGUAGUUGAUGGCUGGUUUGGUAGUCGAUGGCUGGUCUGGUAGUCGAUGGCUGGUCUGGUAGUCGAUGGCUGGUCUGGUAGUCGAUGGCUGGUCUGGUAGUCGAUGGCUGGUCUGGUAGUUGAUGGCUGGUUUGGUAGUCGAUGGCUGGUCUGAUAGUCGAUGGCUGGUCUGGUAGUCGAUGGCUGGUCUGGUAGUCGAUGGCUGCUCUGGUAGUCGAUGGCUGGUCUGGUAGUCGAUGGCUGGUUUGGUAGUCGAUGGCUGGUCUGGUAGUCGAUGGCUGGUCUGGUAGUCGAUGGCUGGUCUGGUAGUCUAUGGCUGGUUUGGUAGUCGAUGGCUGGUCUGAUAGUCGAUGGCUGGUCUGGUAGUCGAUGGCUGGUCUGGUAGUCGAUGGCUGGUCUGGUAGUCGAUGGCUGGUCUGGUAGUCGAUGGCUGGUCUGGUAGUCGAUGGCUGGUCUGGUAGUCGAUGGCUGGUCUGGUAGUCGAUGGCUGGUCUGGUAGUCGAUGGCUGGUCUGGUGUUCAACGGCAGGUCACCUACUGUCCCUCGCUCCGCACCAGCCCAGCUGCGUGGUAGAGUUGGGUUUAGCCUAUCACAGCAGCGUCGGGCGUGUCCCCAGUGUCUGUAGUCGUGGGAGACACAAAACAUAUAAUUAGAGCCAACAAUUGGGGUCACAGUCACACAUUUGAAACAAGCACUUUCCUUUAGUAGUGCUAUAGAGAGCGUUGUGAUUUGUGUCUUUCCCACAGCAGGGGACCAGCGGAGAGGAGCAGUGAGUCGGUCGAGAGGUCACUGGUCCAGUUCCUUUUAACUCUAGUUCUGGGGUGUGUUUAGUAAUUGGUUUGGGGAGGGAGGAGUUGAUAGAGAAUUGGCAACAGCUGUCUCAAUGUCACUUUAGUCCAUGCUAAUCUGUGGAAUCACAGGACACCAUACAAGCAGGCAAAAUAGUCCAUGCGAUUCCAUUUGAUUUCACACGGGAGAAUGUAAGGAAUUAAGUGAAAGGCAAUCAUUGUAAACACACAGCACACAUGAUUAAAUGGCACUCAUAAAUAGGCAUGACAAACUAUUCAGACACCUUCUAUAGCAGGUAGGCUACACAUUUGUUAUUUUAUAGCGGCACUGCUGUUAUUUUAAAACAUAGCAGGUUUCAGCAAUAAGAAUAGUUGUGUAAAUGUGUAAAUUAAGCUGUUCUGUUAGAUAAUUAAGCAGUUCUAUAGAUAGGACACCAGCCUCAACACCAAUGCCUGGGAUCAUCAGCACAAGUAAUAUAAUUUCUGUGUUCAUCUAGUCGAGUGUUUAGAUCGUAUUUAUGCACUGUUAUGCUUCUGCUGUUAGAUAACAUGGUGAUCUUAUUCUAGGAAGCUGACAACAACAAUCAACACCUUAUCUGUCCUGAAAGACUUGAUCACUUUAUGAAUUGGUCUUAUCAUCUCUAUAAUGAGGAGAAAUAUAAUCUACCUGGAAUAGAAGCAAUCUGUCCGUAGUGAUUUUUAUAGUCCUACUUUGCCCACUUUGAAAAAACAAGUCAUAAAGAUAUUUCAAAAGGCCAACAACAACAUAAUGAUCAUGAAUAAAAUGAUAACUUCAUUAAUAUGCCUUCUCAGUGGGUUUGACUCCAGGUCCUAGAUCUACUUUGCCGCCCACCACAACAGUGAGUCCUACAGAAGGUGUGUUGGUCCUCUAAAUGACCAUCUCUGCAAAUACCAAUAGUACAGUCAAGGGUUUAGAUUACGGGCCUGUAAAAUUAAGUGACCAACAUUUUAAUGUAAAACCAUAUUCUUGUGUAAUCAUAUUGCUUCUCACUAGUUUCAACUGUUACUUCCACUUUGACCCCAGACACCACAUUGAGACCAACUACCUGUAAGUAGGCCCACUAAGUUUAACCUAGUUUGCAAUUACAAUAUUUCUGUUCACAUUAAUUCACUAAAGCUCUAACCAGUUUACUAAUAGACCUAUUCAUAGCUGCUUGUAAUUUCAGUCCAGAUUUGUGUACUUUUAGUCUAUCUGUUUGUAGGUAAAGUGUAGUGUACUUCUCUUUUCUGCUUAUUGAAUGACCUCAGAUAUUAAAUGAAUUUACAUUUGUUUUUGUGUAAUAUGAGUAAUCUCUUCUCACCAGGUUUGACCUCCCCUUUGACCCCCAGCACGGCAUUGAAUCCUACAUCAGGUCUCUUAGUCAUCUUUAUCUAGUUAUCAACUAUAAGUAAAACAAAUAGAUUAGUGGGAAUCGAACCCACAACCCUGGCGUUGCAAACGCCAUGCUCUACCAACUGAGCUACACGGGACAUUCAUUUGCAAAUUUACAUUGCUGACAUUAAUAUAAGUACCUUUGGCAUUAUUUAAUUUAUCAACUCCUUUGGAUCAUAUUGUAUGGGGUAGGCUAUAAUCAAUAUAAUUAAUUUAGCAUCAUUUGUUUUUCAGAGAAAAACAAUUCUCAGAGGUAGGAAUUCCCCUUGUUUGGGAUAUUGUAUGAUGCAGAUUCUAUCAACCUUUCUAUCAACCUUUAGUUCUGUAUUGUCCAUGAUGAGAUGUUCUUACCACAACCUUCUUAUACUUGUAUUUUGUAUAGACCUACAGCCAGACAGGAUGAUCACAGCCAAUGUAUGUUCCAAACAGAAUACAUCAAACACUGCACACACUACUAACACAACUACACACAUACAUGUACAAACACUCAUUCAAUUUUCAUUGUGUUUCUGUUGUAGAUGAUUUGGUGUCUAUGGGAGUGGUGAGCAGUGGAGGCAUGGUGAGUAUUCUAGACAUUACAGUGGUAUCUAUGCACAUAUACCCCCCUGACAGAGGAGACUGGUGGGAGGAUUUAUGGGAGGACGGGCUCAUUGUAAUGGCUGGAAUGGAAUCAAUGGAUCGGAGUCAAACAAAACAAAUACAUGGAUCCCAUGUGUUUGACUCCAUUCCAUUGCAGCCAUUACAAUGAGCCCGUCCUCCUAUAACUCCUCCCACCAGCCUCCUCUGCCCUCUGACUGUCUGAUCUGAGGAUCAAGACCUUAAUGUUACAUUAGUAGUGCUUCAACAUAUGAAUGCUCAAAGUAUCGAACCAACAGCUAUAUUUAUUUACAGAUUUAUAUGUCAUUUAUAUUUAUUACCAAAUAAGAUGUUUUUCACCUGAAAUAAUUUCCUAAUACAUUAAUUAAUGUAAACCUUGUAAAUUUGUUCCUAAGUAGGUACAGAGUUCAGCCGUAUAAACUAUUUUUGAUAAAAUAACCUACAUCUUGCAUUGGAUAUGGGUUGACCUCAAAAUGACAAAACCCACAAACGCUUCCUGUGAUACAAAGGAGGGUGCAGUUCAUGUCACGAGAUAGAGAGUAGAAUAGACAGAGUUUGUUAGACUGGAGCAUAAAAAGUCUCUCUCUCUCUUUUCUCUCUCUUUUUCUCCCUCUCUCUCUACUACAGGUGAAUUCAGGAGAUAAUGGAAUAUACUGCCAGAUCACUUCUGUACAGUCCACAUUCAUGCCCUCAGGUUUGUCCCUCAGAACUCAGGACCAUCUGCAAGUACACAGCUACUGUACAUUUUAAACUUUGGGCCUAACCAUAUCAGCAAGCAUACAGUGGGGCAAAAAAAGUAUUUAGUCAGCCACCAAUUGUGCAAGUUCUCCCACUUAAAAAGAUGAGAGAGGCCUGUAAUUUUUAUCAUAGGUACACGUCAACUAUGACAGACAAAAUGAGAAUUUUUUUUUCAGAAAAUCACAUUGUAGGAUUUUUAAUGAAUUUAUUUGCAAAUUAUGGUGGAAAAUAAGUAUUUGGUCAAUAACAAACGUUUCUCAAUACUUUGUUAUAUACCCUUUGUUGGCAAUGACACAGGUCAAACGUUUUCUGUAAGUCUUCACAAGGUUUUCACACACUGUUGCUGGUAUUUUGGCCCAUUCCUCCAUGCAGAUCUCCUCUAGAGCAGUGAUGUUUUGGGGCUGUCGCUGGGCAACACGGACUUUCAACUCCCUCCAAAGAUUUUCUAUGGGGUUGAGAUCUGGAGACUGGCUAGGCCACUCCAGGACCUUGAAAUGCUUCUUACGAAGCCACUCCUUCGUUGCCCGGGCGGUGUGUUUGGGAUCAUUGUCAUGCUGAAAGACCCAGCCACGUUUCAUCUUCAAUGCCCUUGCUGAUGGAAGGAGGUUUUCACUCAAAAUCUCACGAUACAUGGCCCCAUUCAUUCUUUCCUUUACACGGAUCAGUCGUCCUGGUCCCUUUGCAGAAAAACAGCCCCAAAGCAUGAUGUUUCCACCCCCAUGCUUCACAGUAGGUAUGGUGUUCUUUGGAUGCAACUCAGCAUUCUUUGUCCUCCAAACACGACGAGUUGAGUUUUUACCAAAAAGUUAUAUUUUGGUUUCAACUGACCAUAUGACAUUCUCCCAAUCCUCUUCUGGAUCAUCCAAGUGCACUCUAGCAAACUUCAGACGGGCCUGGACAUGUACUGGCUUAAGCAGGGGGACACGUCUGGCACUGCAGGAUUUGAGUCCCUGGCUGCGUAGUGUGUUACUGAUGGUAGGCUUUGUUACUUUGGUCCCAGCUCUCUGCAGGUCAUUCACUAGGUCCCCCCGUGUGGUUCUGGGAUUUUUGCUCACCGUUCUUGCGAUCAUUUUGACCCCACGGGGUGAGAUCUUGCGUGGAGCCCCAGAUCGAGGGAGAUUAUCAGUGGUCUUGUAUGUCUUCCAUUUCCUAAUAAUUGCUCCCACAGUUGAUUUCUUCAAACCAAGCUGCUUACCUAUUGCAGAUUCAGUCUUCCCAGCCUGGUGCAGGUCUACAAUUUUGUUUCUGGUGUCCUUUGACAGCUCUUUGGUCUUGGCCAUAGUGGAGUUUGGAGUUUGACUGUUUGAGGUUGUGGACAGGUGUCUUUUAUACUGAUAACAAGUUCAAACAGGUGCCAUUAAUACAGGUAACGAGUGGAGGACAGAGGAGCCUCUUAAUGAAGAAGUUACAGGUCUGUGAGAGCCAGAAAUCUUGCUUGUUUGUAGGUGACCAAAUACUUAUUUUCCACCAUAAUUUGCAAAUAAAUUCAUAAAAAAUCCUACAAUGUGAUUUUCUGGAUUUUUUUUCUCAAUUUGUCUGUCAUAGUUGACGUGUACCUAUGAUGAAAAUUACAGGCCUCUCUCAUCUUUUUAAGUGGGAGAACUUGCAUAAUUGGUGGCUGACUAAAUACUUUUUUCCCCCACUGUAUAUGGCACUUAAAACAGAAAUGAAUGUGUCAGAGCAUCUGUGGAGCGUGAGAAUAGAGCUGUAGAUCUGCAGGGUGGUUUGAACCAUGAGGAGAAGUGGGAAAUGACAUCAAGCCCUGUUACUUGCACUUCUUCUGUUUUGCUGUUACUAACGCAAAAGGGCAAAGCCGACUAAGUAACACACAUGCAAGGUGCACUUGCAAUAUACACACACUCAUACAUACACUACCGGUCAAAAGUUUUAGAACACCUACAGUGAGGGAAAGAAGUAUUUGAUCCCCUGCUGAUUUUGUACGUUUGCCCACUGACAAAGACAUGAUCAGUCUAUAGAUUUAAUGGUAGGUUUAUUUGAACAGUGAGAGACAGAAUAACAACAAAAAAAUCCAGAAAAACGCAUGUAAAAAAUGUUAUAAAUUGAUUUGCAUUUUAAUGAGGGAAAUAAGUAUUUGACCCCCUCUCAAUCAGAAAGAUUUCUGGCUCCCAGGUGUCUUUUAUACAGGUAACGAGCUGGGAUUAGGAGCACACUCUUAAAGGGAGUGCUCCUAAUCUCAGCUUGUUACCUGUAUAAAAGACACCUGUCCACAGAAGCAAUCAAUUAAUCAGAUUCCAAACUCUCCACCAUGGCCAAGACCAAAGAGCUCUCCAAGGAUGUCAGGGACAAGAUUGUAGACCUACACAAGGCUGGAAUGGGCUACAAGACCAUCGCCAAGCAGCUUGGUGAGAAGGUGACAACAGUUGGUGCGAUUAUUCGCAAAUGGAAGAAACACAAAAGACCUGUCAAUCUCCCUCGGCCUGGGGCUCCAUGCAAGAUCUCACCUCGUGGAGUUGCAAUGAUCAUGAGAACGGUGAGGAAUCAGCCCAGAACUACACGGGAGGAUCUUGUCAAUGAUCUCAAGGCAGCUGGGACCAUAGUCACCAAGAAAACAAUUGGUAACACACUACGCCGUGAAGGACUGAAAUCCUGCAGCGCCCGCAAGGUCCCCCUGCCCAAGAAAGCACAUAUACAUGCCCGUCUUAAGUUUGCCAAUGAACAUCUGAAUGAUUCAGAGGAGAACUGGGUGAAAGUGUUGUGGUCAGAUGAGACCAAAAUGGAGCUCUUUGGCAUCAUCUCAACUCGCCGUGUUUGGAGGAGGAGGAAUGCUGCCUAUGACCCCAAGAACACCAUCCCCACCGUCAAACAUGGAGGUGGAAACAUUAUGCUUUGAGGGUGUUUUUCUGCAUCAAAGGGACGAUGGACGAAAAUGGGUCGUGGAUGGGUAUUCCAGCAUGACAAUGACCCAAAACACACGGCCAAAGCAACAAAGGAGUGGCUCAAGAAGAAGCACAUUAAGGUCCUGGAGUGGCCUAGCCAGUCUCCAGACCUUAAUCCCAUAGGAAAUCUGUGGAGGGAGCUGAAGGUGCGAGUUGCCAAAUGUCAUCCUCGAAACCUUAAUGACUUGGAGAAGAUCUGCAAAGAGGAGUGGGACAAAAUCCCUCCUGAGAUGUGUGCAAACCUGGUGGCCAACUACAAGAAACGUCUGACCUCUGUGAUUGCCAACAAGGGUUUUGUCACCAAGUACUAAGUCAUGUUUUGCAGAGGGGUCAAAUACUUAUUUCCCUAAUUAAAAUACAAAUCAAUUUAUAACAUUUUUGACAUGCGUUUUUCUGAAUUUUUUUGUUGUUAUUCUGUCUCUCACUGUUCAAAUAAACCUACCAUUAAAAUUAUAGACUGAUCAUUUCUUUGUCAGUGGGCAAACGUACAAAAUCAGCAGGGGAUCAAAUACAUUUUUCCCUCACUGUACUCAUUAAAGGGUUUUUCUUAAAUUUUACAAUUUUCUACAUUGUAGAAUAAUAGUGAAGACAUCAAAACUAUGAAAUAACACAUAUGGAAUCAUGUAGUAACCAUAAAACUGUUAAACAAAUCAAAAUAUAUUUUAUAUUCAAAUAGCCACCCUUUGCCUUGAUGACAGUUUUGCACACUCUUGGCAUUCUCUCAACCAGCUUCAUGAGGUAGUCACCUGGAAUGCAAUUCAAUCAACAGGUGUGCCUUCUUAAAAGUUAAUUUGUGGAAUGUCUUUCCUUCUUAAUGCGUUUGAGCCAAUCAGUUGUGUUGUGACAAGGUAGGGGGUAUACAGAAGAUAGCCCUAUUUGGUAAAAGACCAAGUCCAUAUAAUGGCAAGAACAGCUCAAAUAAGCAAAGAGAAACGACAGUCCAUCAUUACUUUAAGACAUGAAGGUUAGUCAAUACGGAACAUUUCAAUAACUUUGAAAGUUUCUUCAAGUGCAGUCGCACAAACCAUUAAGCGCUAUGAUGAAACGGGCUCUAAUGAGGACCGCCACAGGAAAGGAAGACCCAGAGUUACUUCUGCUGCAGGGGAUAAGUUCAUUAGCGUUAUCACUCUCAGAAAUUGCAGCCCAAAUAAAUGCUUCACAGAGUUCAAGUGACAGACACAUCUCAACAUCAACUGUUCAGAGGAGACUGUGUGAAUCAGGCCUUCAUGGUACACUUGCUGCAAAGAAACCACUACUAAAGGACACCAAUAAGAAGAGACUUUCUUGGGCCAAGAAACACGAGCAAUGGACGUUGGACCGGUGGAAGUUUGUCCUUUGGUCUGGAGUCUAAAUUUGGUUCCAACCGCUGUGUCUUUUUGAGACGCGGUGUGGGUGAAUGGAUGAUCUCCGCAUGUGUAUUUCCCACCAUAAAGCUUGGAUGAGGAGGUGUUAUGGUGUGGGGGUGCUUUGCUGGUGACACUGUCUGUGAUUUAUUUAGAAUUCAAGGCACACUUAACCAGCAUGGCUACCUCAGCAUUCUGCAGCGAUACACCAUCCCAUCUGGUUUUGGCUUAGUGGGACUAUCAUUCGUUUUUCCACAGGACAAUGACCCAACACACCUCCAGGCUGUGUAAGGGCUAUUUUACCAAGAAGGAGAGUGAUGGAGUGCUGCAUCAGAUGACCUGGCCUCCACCAUCCCCCGACCUCAACCAAAUUGAGAUGGUUUGGGAUGAGUCGGACGGCAGAGUGAAGGAAAAGCAGCCAACAAGUGCUCAGCAUAUGUGGGAACUCUUUCUAGACUGUUGGAAAAGCAUUCCAGGUGAAGCUGGUUGAGAGAAUUCAACGAGUGUGCAAAGCUGUCUUCAAGGCAAAGGGUGGCUAUUUGAAGAAUCUCAAAUAUAAAAUAUAUUUGUUUAACACUUUUUUGGUUACUACAUGAUUCCAGGUGUUAUUUCAUAGUUUUGAUGUCUUCACUAUUGUUCUACAAUGUAGGAAAUAGUACAAAUAAAGAAAAACCCUUUAAUGAGUAGGUGUUCUAAAACCUUUGACUGGUAAUGUACAUACACAACCUCUUACUCAUGGAAUUGUCUCUCUCUGUGAUGUGCAGGUCCCAUUGAUGUGGAUACACAGCCAUUUGCAAAUGAAGAUGUAAGUACAGCACAAAUAAUUGCAUAGAGUACAGUUAUAUCGAUUGUCCUAUUCAUUGUAUUAUAUUAUAUUGUUAUAUUAUUAUUAUUAUUAUUAUUAUUAUUAUUAUUAUUAUUAUUAUAUAUAGUAUUGUUUUCACAGACAGACUAAGUAGAGGAUUAAAGUAUCUCUCUCUCGCUCUCUCUCUCUCACUGUGUUUUAUGACUUUAAAUUUAAGACUGGCGUUACAUCCUCAUAAAAUACCCCUUAUGAAUUACAUUUACAGUACUGUAGAUUCGAAGCCCUAAAGUAAAUCUGUUUAUUUUCUCUAGUCUGAUACGUACCAUGUAUACAACUCAAUCCCCGACAGACCAGCAACCUCAGCCCAGCCGGAUGGGUUUUACAGUCUGCAGACACACUGAAACUACACCACUGGCUUUCUGUAGAUAUGUCUCACACAUCUCACAUAAAUACCUUUUUUUCACAUGAUAUCCUUUGUUUAUCACACAUCCAGUUAUUGUAAAUAAGUCGCUUAGCAGGUAAUAUAUUGACUGUAUUAUACGUGGACAACUGGCUUCUGUUACAUGUCUAUCCAUAAUAUCUGUUACUGUGUUAAUAUUGGAGGGGUCCGGGGCAAACUCCCCUUUGAGCAUCUUUCUUAUUUCUUCCCCCUAAUAAAUGCUAAAUCUACUGUAUUUAUGUCUAUUAUGUCACCUGUGUGAUACCUCCUUCCAUAACGGUUGGAUACAAUUAAUUUCCUAUUGGGCAAAACACAAUCCAAAACACAACCAAAACAACCCGCAAAUGCAUCCAAAAAGUUUGUUGAGUCACAAGCUUGAUGUAUUUAUUGUGUGAAAGGAAUGUGGGAACAAAAUACUAAAUGUUUGGCUACUUUAAUACACUAUAAAGGAAUUUGUCCAAAUACUUAUGACUUCUUCAAAUGGGGGGACUAUAUACAUAAAGUGUUUUUAUUUCUAAAUGGUAAAACAUACAGUGCCUUCAGAAAGUAUUCACACCCCUUGACUUUUUCCACAUUUUGUUGUGUUACAGCCUGAAUUUAAAAUUGAUUAAAUUUAGAUUUUUGUCACUAGCCUACACACAAUACCCCAUAAUGUCAAAGUGGAAUUAUGUAUAAAUUAAAAAAUAAAAUACAAAGAGUCAUUAAGUAUUCAACACAUUUGUUAUGGAAAGCCUAAUUAAGUCCAGGAGUAAAAACUUGCAGAACAAGUCACAUAAUAAGUUGCAUGGACUCACUCUGUGUGCAAUAAUAGUGUUUCACAUUAUUUUUUAAUGACUACCUCAUCUCUGUACCCCACACAUACAAUUAUCUAUAAGGUCGGUCAGUCGAGCAGUGAAAUUCAAACACAGAUUCAACCACAAAGACCAGGGAGGUUGUCUAAUGCCUCGCAAAGAAGGGCACUUAUUUGUAGAUGGGGAAAAAAAGAAGAAGAAAAGUAGACAUUGAAUAUCCCUUUGAGCAUGGUUAAGUUAUUAAUUACACUUUGGAUGUUGUAUCAAUACACCCAGUCACUACAAAGAUACAGGUGUCCUUCCUAACUUAGUUGCCGGAGAGGAAGAAACCCGCUCAGAGAUUUCACCAUGAGGCCAAUGGUGAAUUUAAAACAGUUAUAGAGUUUAAUGGCUGUGAUAGGAGAAAACUGUGGAUGGAUCAACAACAUUGUAGUCAAUCCACAAUACUAACCUAAAUGACAGAGUGAAAAGAAGGAAGCCUGGACCUGUUUGCAACAAGGUACUAAAGUAAUACUGUAAAACAUUUGGCAAAGCAAUUCACUUUUUGUCCUGAAUACAAAAUGUUAUGUUUGGGGCAAAUCCAAUACAACACAUUACUGAGUACCAUUCUCCAUAUUUUCAAGCACAGUGGUGGCUGCAUCAUGUUAUGGGUAUGAUUGUAAUCAUUAAGGACUGGGGAGUUUUUCAGGAUAGAAAAUAAACCGAAUGGAGCUAAGCACAGUCAAAGACCUAGAGGAAAACUUGGUUGAGGAUGCUUUCCACCAGACACUGGAAGAUGAAUUCACCUUUCAGCAGGACAAUAACCUAAAACACAAGGCCAAAUAUACACUGGAGUUGCUUACCAAGAAGACAGUGAAUUUUCCUGAGUGGCCGAGUUACAGUUUUGACUUAAAUCUACUUGAAAAUCUAUGGCUAGACCUGAAAAUGGUUGUCUAGCAAUGAUCAACAACCAAUUUGACAGAGCUUGAAGAAAUUUGAAAAUAAUAAUGGGUAAAUGUUGCACAUUCCAGGUGUGAAAAGGUCUUAGAGACCCAGUAAGACUGACAGCUGUAAUCACUGUCAAAAGUGCUUCUACAAAGUAUUGACUCAGGGGUGUAAAUACUUAUCUAAAUGAGAGAUUUCUGUAUUUAAUUUUCAAUAAAUUAGCAAAAAUGACUAAAGUGUCUAGAUGGGUGGACAUGUAUUUUAUUUGAUACAUUUUGAAUUCAGGCUGUAAGAAAAUGUGUAAUAAGUCAAGGGGUAUAAAUACUUUAUUAAAAUAUCCUCAAUUAAAAGCGGAAAUUCUGUACUGUCGCCUUAUAUGAAACAUUCUAUCUCAAAUCUAAAAUACUGGACUUUAGAGACAAAUGUUUUUUAGGGGCUUCACUGUCCAAAUGCAUAUGGAGGGGAGUGUAUGACCGAUAAAUUAUUCUGAUUGUUCAGAUACCCUUACCUUUGCAACAUUAGCUCACACUUGCUUUAUGAGACUGUGGUUUACAUUUCUGCUCUCUGUGGUUUUGCUGUGAACAAGCUCCACAUCUACUUCUCUAUUUAAACAAUCAUCUGACUCAGUCACACACCAUACUGUGAAGUCAUAGUAACAGUCUGUAGCUGUCUGCCAAAUGGCAUUGUUAAUCUCUGAUAUGGCUGGUCAUCUGUUUUUGGUCAUCCUCCUUUUCGGUGAGUUAUUCCUCCAUUCCAAAUUCCAUCAUCUGUCUGUGCUACAGGUUAUUCCUCUUCUUCUCUCCCCUCUUUUAGUCUUAAUUUUUAGUAUUUUACUUUACUUUACUUCAUGAUUAGUGUCUUGUAUCUUAUUCCAUUAAUUAAUUAAUAAUCUUAUUUAUUUUUCUCUGUCAGUAUUUUACAUUUUGUUCAGAUAAGAAUGACCGUUGCUUGAUUCCCAUUAAUGCAUUACAGUAGGUUAUGCUACGUUACCAACUUGUGUGAAGUGUUCAGGUGUCUCACGUUUUACAUUUGUUUACAUUAAUGGCAGAUGAUGAUAAACUAUUUUGUAAUUUCUAGAUACCUUCCAAUCCAUCAAAGCCCAAGGUCAGUAACAUUAUUAUGAGUUUUUAGUUACCCACUAAAAAAAAAAUGAAUCCUGCUGUCAAUUCUUAUUAUUCAAACAUAACAUUAGCUGAUACCGUAUCCAUAUGACAUGAUUAAUUCAAAAGAUAAAUAAUUAAUACAAUACAGUGCUGAAGGUUGGCAGUUUAAAUCCGUAUACAAUGAACCUACUUCUGUCCAAAUUCAGGGUAAUUUAUUCAUUCUAUAGCUGUAAACACUGCAAACACUGUACUGCUCAAUUGGUCCUCUAGGAAUACAUUGUCAUAUUGUCUUUUGUGAAGAGCCAUUGCAUGAAUCAAUAUAUUAUAUCCCCUUUAUUUCCCAUACUAUCGCUGGGAAUUAUUCUCAAAACCUUGGGUCUGAAAAAACAAGAUGUGAUUAUUUUAUGUUCAACGGCUGACAGUACAGUUCCCAAACCAGUCACAAAAUGCUCAGUUCCUCUGUUCUCUCAGACCUUCCUCAGCCCAGUCUGAAAUAUUUGUUAUUAACAUUUACAUCAUUUAGCAGAUGCUCUUAUCCAGAGCGACUUACAAAUUGGUGCAUUCAACUUAUGAUAGCCAGUGGGACAACCACUUAAAAAAUAAAUAAAGUAUGGGUGGGUGGGGGGAGGGAGGGGUAGAAGGAUUACUUUUAUACUGUUCCAGGUAUUCCUUAAAGAGGUAGGGUUUCAAGUGUCUCCGGAAGGUGGUCAGUGACUCCGCUGUCCUGGCGUCGUGGGGGAGCUUGUUCCACCAUUGGGGUGCCAGAGCAGCGAAUAGCUUUGACUGGGCUGAGCGGGAACUGUGCUUCCGUAGAGGUAGUGGGGCUAGCAGGCCAGAGGUGGAUGAACGUAGUGCCCUCGUUUGGGUGUAGGGUCUGAUCAGAGCCUGAAGGUACGGAGGUGCCGUUCCCCUCACAGCUCCGUAGGCAAGCACCAUGGUCUUGUAAUAGAUGCAAGCCUCAACUGGAAGCCAGUGGAGUGUGCGGAGGAGCGGGGUGACAUGAGAGAACUUGGGAAGGUUGAACACCAGAUGGGCUGCAGCGUUCUGGAUAAGUUGUAGGGGUUUAAUGGCACAGGCAGGGAGCCCAGCCAACAGCGAGUUGCAGUAAUCCAGACGGGAGAUGACAAGUGCCUGGAUUAGGACCUGUGCCGCUUUCUGUGUGAGGUAGGGUCGUACUCUGCGAAUGUUGUAGAGCAUGAACCUGCAGGAUCGGGUCACCGCUUUGAUGUUAGCGGAGAACGACAGGGUGUUGUCCAGGGUCACGCCAAGGUUCUUUGCACUCUGGGAGGAGGACACAAUGGAGUUGUCAACCGUGAUGGUGAGAUCAUGGAGCGGGCAGUCCUUCCCCGGGAGGAAUAGCAGUUCCGUCUUGCCGAGGUUCAGCUUGAGGUGGUGAUCCGACAUCCACACUGAUAUGUUUGCCAGACAUGUAGAGAUGCGAUUCGCCACCUGGUUAUCAGAAGGGGGAAAGGAGAAAAUGAAUUGUGUGUCAUCUGCGUAGCAAUGAUAGGAGAGACCAUGUGAGGAUAUGACAGAGCCAAGUGACUUGGUGUAUAGAGAGAAUAGGAGAGGGCCUAGAACUGAGCCCUGGGGGACACCAGUGGUGAGAUUAAGUGGUGCGGAGACAGAUUCUCGCCACGCCACCUGGUAGGAGCGACCUGUCAGGUAGGACACAAUCCAAGAGUGAGCAGCGCCGGAGAUGCCCAAUUCGGAGAGGGUGGAGAGGAGGAUCUGAUGGUUCACAGUAUCAAAGGCAGCAGAUAGGUCGAGAAGGAUAAGAGCAGUGCAGAGAGCCUCCGUGACACAGAGAAGAGCAGUCUCAAAACGCUAUUACUUAAAACAAUAGAUUAUAUAUUUCACAUACUAUCAUUAUAUGAAGCAAUGGACCUUAUUAUCAAAAUUCUUUAGUCUCAAUAAACAUGAAGAUAAGUGUUAAAUGUUGAUAGAUUUACUUGAUUUUAUAAUAGACAUACAUAUUUAAAUCUAAUUGAAUGGUUGUCAGUACAUUUCUCAAAACCAGUCAAAAAAUGUGACAUUCUUCUCUUUUCUGUUCUUACAGGCCCUCCUCUUCCCAGGUUGACAGUGAGUCUUGCAGUCAUAAGAGAGAGAGACUCAGUUCAGCUGAGCUGUGAGAGUCCAUCCGUCUCUGUGUCUCAGUGUUAUCUCUUCACUGAGAAUGGAGACUCUAAACCAUCCUGUCGGCAGACACUCACAGGGACUGAGCUCCUCUCGUGGUCAGAUCAGCGUUCACCUGCUGUGGUCAAAGUGAGAUGUUACUACUACGCUGCAGGGAGUUCUUCCCCAUCCUCUCACAGUGACCCUGUCUCAGUCACUGUCCAAGGUAAGCAGGUUGUUUACAUAAUUGUAAACAUGACCCUCCUUUAAAAUCGUACCAUAUUAUGAGAUACAAUCUGCAACAUUACACUAACCUGCAACAAUAUUAUUCUGAUUUCAAAGACUUAUGUUUCAUGAAAUGAUUUACUGUCUUUUUACAAUCGAGAAGUAAUUUGAAGUGAGGAAUCAUGUUCUUGAAAUGCUCAGGUCUGUUGAACAUGAUGAUUUUAUGUAAUAGUAAUCUGUUAAAUAUUAUAUUGACAUACUAUUUUCCUCUGAACUCACAGUCCUUCCUCAGCUGACAGUGAGUCCUAAAGUCAUCAGGGAUACAGACUCAGUUCAGCUGAGAUGUCACACUUCUCAAUCUACCUCUGUGUCUCAGUGUUACUUCUACAUAGAGGAAAGACGUAGUCUCCAACAUACUACAUCCUGUCAGCAGUCAAUCACAGGGACCAAGCUGCUUGAAUUGGCAGGUCGUGGUCCAACCACUGAGGUCAACGUGAGAUGUAUCUACUAUGCUGUAGAGAUGUCUAUCUAUUCUCCUUACAGUGACACUGUCUCAGUCACUCUCCUGGGUAAGCGGGGUAGUUUAUGUAUUAUUAUACCCCAGUGUUUUUCUAUUCUGGUCAAGAUUAGCACACCGGAUUCAUUUAUAUUAUUUAUAUAACAUACAUUUUAAAUACUGACUGAAGCAAUAAGAGAUGAAGUUAUGCACUUUUAGAUUUUUGGGAUUAUUUCAUGCAAUGUACAGUACCAGUCAAAAGUUUGGACACACCUACUCAUUCAAGGGUUUUUCUUUAUUUUUACUAUUUUCUACAUUAGAAUAAUAGGGAAAACAUCAAAACAAUGAAAUAACACAUAUGGAAUCAUGUAGUAACCAAAAAAGUGUUGAACAAAUCAAAAUAUAUUUUAUAUUUGAGAUUCGUCAAAGUAGCCACCCUUUGCCUUGAUGACAGCAUUGCACACUCUUGGCAUUCUCUCAACCAGCUUCAUGAGGUAGUCAACUGGAGUGCUUUUCCAACAGUCUUGAAGGAGUUCCCACAUAUGCUGAGCACUUGUUGGCUGCUUUUCCUUCACUCUUGCGGUCCAACUCAUCACAAACCAUCUCAAUUGGGUUGAGGUCGGGUGAUUGUGGAGGCCAGGUCAUCUGAUGCAGCACUCCAUCAUUCUCCUUGGUCAAAUAGCCCUUACAGAGCCUGGAGGUGUGUUUUGGGUCAUUGUCCUGUUGAAAAACAAGUGAUAGUCCCGCUAAGCUCAAACCAGAUGGGAUGGCGUAUCGCUGCAGAAUGCUGUGGUAGCCAUGCUGGUUAAGUGUGCCUUGAAUUCUAAAGAAAUCACCAACAGUGUCACCAGCAAAGCACCCCCACACCAUCACACCUCCUCCAUGCUUCACGGUGGGAACCAAACAUGCAGAGAUCAUCCGUUCACCUACUCUGUGUCUUACAAAGACACGUCGGUUGGAACCAAAAAUCUCAAAUUUGGACUCAUUAGACCAAAGAACAGAUUUCCACCAGUCCAAUGUCCAUUGCUCGUGUUUCUUGGCCCAAGCAAGUCUCUUCUUCUUAUUGGUGUCCUUUAGAAGUGGUUUCUUUGCAGCAAUUCAACCAAUGAAGGCCUGAUUCACAUAGUCUCCUCUGAACAGUUGAUGUUGAGAUGUGUCUGUUACUUGAACUCUUUGAAUAAUUUAUUUGGGCUGCAAUCUGAGGUGCAGUUAACUCUUAUGAACUUAUCCUCUGCAGCAGAGGUAACUCUGGGUUUUGCUUUCCUGUGGCGGUCCUCAUGAGAGCCAGUUUCAUCAUAGCGCUUGAUGGUUUUUGCGACUGCACUUGAAGAAACUUAAAAAGUUCUUGAAAUGUUCCGUAUUGACUGACCUUCAUGUCUUAAAGUAAUGAUGGACUGUCGUUUCUCUUUUCUGAUUUGAGCUGUUCUUGCCAUAAUAUGGACUUGGUCUUUUCCCAAAUAGGGCUAUCUUCUGUAUACCACCCCUACCUUGUCACAACACAACUGAUUGGCUCAAACGUAUUAAGAAGGCUAGAAAUUCCACAAAUUAACCUUUAAGAAUGCACACUGUUAAUUGAAAUGCAUUCCAGGUGGCUACUUUGAAGAAUCUCAAAUAUAAAAUAUAUUUUGAUUUGUUUAACAGUUUUUUGGUUACUACAUGAUUCAAUGUGUGUUAUUUCAUAGUUUUGAUGUCUUCACUAUUAUUCUACAAUGUAGAAAAUUGUAAAAAUAAAGAAAAACCAUGGAAUGAGUAGGUGUGUCCAAACCUUUGACUGGUACUGUAUUUUAGCAAGCUGUUGAAAGUGGUUUACUUCCUUAUUCUGAUGUUACAGACCUCCCUCAGCCCAGACUGACAGUGAGUUCUACAGUCAUCAGAGAGAGAGACUCAGUUCAGCUGAGCUGUGAGGCUCCUCCAUAUGUCUCUGUGUCUCAGUGUUACUUCUACACAGAGGGGAGACAUCCUAAACCCUCACCCUGUACGAGGUCACUCACGGGGACUGAGCUACUCUCAUGGGCAGGUCAAAGUUCAUCUGCUGAGGUCAAACUGAGAUGUUUUUACACAGUAGAGACUCGCUAUCCAUCGACGCACACUGACCCUGCGCCUAUCACUAUUCUUGGUAAGAGAUUAUUAUUAUGAAUACACUGAUCUGACUGGCUCACUGUAAUAGGAUUGGAAUAUAUAAUGUCAUGCUAACAUAUGCAAACAAUGUAUUUCUUACUCUUUUAGUUAUCUAAUACAGAAAGAGGUGUGUAUUCUCAUUAACCUACGGUAUAGACCGUUAUUGAUGUGUUCUCCUCACAGGUGAACUACAGAAACCAGACAUUAGUGUCAAUGACGAAUCUUCUCAUGACAUCACUAUUGCCUGUGUUCUUCCUGAGUCUGUCAGUGAUGGUCGUAGCUGUAACCUGUACACUGGAGACCAGCCUCAGGCUUACAAAGAGGCUUGGGUCAGGAGAUUUAACGCAGCAUCAUCCAAACUAUUCUGUACCUUCAGUGUUACUAAGAAUGAUCUGUUCAGGCAUCUGCAGUUGAAGAGAGAUGUGAGAUGUGACUAUAGAGUGAACACAGGGUUACACUCUCUCUCUCCCCGCAGUGAUGAAUACAUUAUCACAGGUAAGAUACUUACAUAAAAAAUACAGAAAUAUGUAUUAUAUGUACAUUUUUUAAGUGCAGUUUUAUUAGUAUGGGCAAAAACCGGUUGAAUCUACGUUGUUUUCACGUCUUUUCAACAAAGAAUUACAAUGUUUUUCCUUCUGAUGACAUUAAAUCAACGUGGAAAAUGUAUUGGAUUUGCCAAAAGCCAUCGACAUAAAGGAAUUUUGGGAAUGCUUGUCUUUCUUUCACCCAACUUUAACCUAAAUCCAAUGACAUGGCUGAAAUUAUUUUGAAUUCACUUUGAAUUCACAUUAGUUGACAACUCAAUCAAAUGUAAAUCAUGUGGAACUGACGUCUGUGCACAUUGGGGAAUUGCUUAAUUUAUUGCUAACUAAUUUAGAACAAAAUCAAUUAGCUUUAAUGAAUGUUUUUAAAUCACAGUCCAAGUUUCUUCAAAAUAGUUAUACAAAUCAUAAAUCCAUGUUAUGUUUAUGACUAUCAUGAUUUGAACUUGCAUUGUGAAAGACUGUAGGCUCUACAGUAUAUUUUUAUAUGCAGAAUGGUGUGCCUUUUACUUCAUUAAGUCUUUGUCCUCUCCCAACAGGUCAGAAACCAAAUAUUACAGUCAGUCUGAAAGAGAACCUCAUCAUCACCUGUUUAAUUCCUGGAUCUGUCAGUAAUGACACCCCCUGUAACCUGUAUGUUGGAGAGCAGAGUCAGUAUUUUAUAAGAGCACCCAUCAGGAAGAAGAAACACACAGAUUCCAAAGGCUGGUUCUGUCAAUUCUUUGUGGCUGAGAGUGAUCUGAUCCGACGUCUACAGUCAGUGAGGCGUAAGGAGGUGAGCUGUGACUACAGAGUGAGCUCAGGACCAAACUCUCUCUCUCCACGCAGUGAUGGGUACAGAUUUACAGGUGAGUCAUAAUCUAUACAAUAAUAAUCUAUCAGUGCUGCAGGUCUUCAUGAUCUGACUUCCCUUUGAUCAUUUUAGUAUGACUAUAUUCAUUCUGACCCUCCCCCACUCACUCAAUCACUCACUCACUCACUCACUCACUCUCAUCUUCGCUCGCUCCUUGGAGCAUAGCGCUUCAACAUAUGGAUCUCCACACUCUUAUUCUGGGCCAGGUCCCAGGCUGAUCUGGUGUUGAGUCCCAGGUUGUGUACAUCGUCCCCCAACUGGUCGGACCACCUGGCUCUCUGUCUUCCUCUUGGGUGUGGCCAGUUGGGGGAUGGCUCCUUGAGGAUGAGGGCAGGCGGGGAGCUACUGCCAGUUAAUAGCAUUCUGACCCACAAGCUAAAGACCACAUUCCAAUCCCAAAAUGGUUGUAGAUCUGGUGGGAGUUCACAUCAGUGAUCCAACAGCUAAACAGACAUUCUCUACAGCAGGGAGACAAAGGGGGUUUCAGCAGUAAGUAUAGCUGUUGGAAUGGCUUUCUCUGUAAUUCAUUGUGUUGAUGAUGGAGGAUGUUGUUUAGAACACUUUACAUUAGAAACCUUAUAUAAUUGUGUUCAUAAAUAUGAAACCAGUCUCAACAUCAGCGCCUGGGACCAUUACCACAAGUAAUACAAUUUCUUUGUUCAAUCUGGUUUAGUGUUUAGAUCGUAUCUAUGCACUGUUAUGCUUCUGCUGUUAGAUAACACGGUGACCUUAUUCUAGGAAGCUGUCAACAACAAUCAACACCUUAUCUGUCCUGAAAGACUUUAUCACCUUAUGAAUUGGUCUUAUCAUCUCUAUAAUGAGGAGAAAUAUAAUCAACCUGGGCUAGAAGCAAUCUGUCUGUAGUGAUUUUUAUAGUCCUACUUUGUCAUAAAGAUAUUUCAAAAGGCCAACAACAACAUAAUGAUCAUUAAUAUGAUCAUGAAUAAAAUGCUAAUUUCAUUAAUAUUUCUUCUCAGUGGGUUUGACUCCAGGUCCUAGAUCUACUUUGCCGGCCAGCACGACAGUGAGUCCUACAGAAGGUGUGUUGGUCCUCUAAAUCACCAUCUCUGCAAAUACCAAUUGUACAGUCAAGGGUUUAGAUCACGGGCCUGUAAAAUUAAGUGACCAACAUUUUAAUGUAAUACUGUAUUCUUGUGUAAUCAUAUUGCUUCCGACUAGUUUCAACUGUUACUUCUACUUUGACCCCAGACACCACAGUGAGACCAACUACCAGUAAGUAGGCCUACAAAGUUUAACUUACAUCUAUAUUUUUGUUCACAUUAAUUCACUAAAGCUCCAACCGAUUUAUGAAUUGACCCAUUCAUAGCUGCUUGUGAUUUUCAGUCCAGAUUUUGAUUGAUUCAUCUGAUUUGUAGGUAAUGUGUAGUGUACUUCUCUCUUUCUGCUUAUUGAAUGACCUUAGAUAUUACAUUAAUUUAUAUUUGUUUUUGUGUAAUAUGAGUUAUCUCAUCUCACCAGGUUUGACCUCUCCUUUGACCCCCAGUACAGCAGUGAAUCCUACAUCAGGUGUGUUGGUCAUCUUUCUCUAGUUAGUAGAUAGAACCUAAACAAAUAGAAUAGCUUUAUCUUACCCAGGUUUUUUACUCACACAUUUUCCCUGAUAAAAAAGAAAGUUGAUAUUUAAUUAAUUAAAUCAACCCAUUUAGAUAUCUUUAUUUUUGUGUAAUCAGAUCCAAUGACUUUGCUUUGCACCAGGUUGGACUACUAGUUCUACUUUGACAACUGAUACCCCAAAGUGGCCACACGAUUUUAGUUUAGUGGCGUAAUAAGUUGUGUUGUGUGUUAACUGUUAUUAAACAGUCUCUCUCUUGCAUGUGCCCAGGAGGUCAAAGCUCCACAGAAAGCGUUC